AUGAAGACUAGUCUCACCAACGCCAUUCUUGCACUCUUGUUCUCUAUCAUCUUGCCACCUUGUUUGGCUGAUGACAAUGUUGUCAAUGAUAUCGCUUCUAUCGUUGACCUUCAAAUUGACCCCGUGAUCGCAAGUUUGAAGAGCGACAGAUCGAAUGAUUUUGGCCAUCAUGCUGAUUGGAUGGCCUCACCAGUUCAUCGUACUGAUCGUGAAAAGCAGAGAAAGCGAUCUUUUGUUUCUGAGAAGGAAUUCCAUAUUCGAAAUAACAAACGACACCGUCGGUCCCAAGAACAACCAGAAGAUGGGGUCCGCCCAAUUGACAAGAAGAUUGAAUCGAAACGUCUGUUUCAAGAACUGAAGUUUCACCAUGGCGACAUGGCAUCGUCGUCUCACAACUCUUCCUUAGACCCUUCCUCUACGAAGGACUCUUCAACGGUAGUUGUCAGGUAA